CUCGGUAUCUCAGCAAGUUCAGCAGCCCUUGUGCCUGAUUUGGGUCUUUUCUAUGGUUCCUUGUUUUGUACGAGCCACUGGAGUCUUACAAUAAUCUUCAAAGCAGGACUGUAGCCAUUUCGGACAGGUCUGAAUCACACUCAGCCAGGAGUCUAAGUUUGGGAACUGAUCAGGGUGCCCAGGCUGUUGUCUGACCCCAGUGACAACCUGAAACCCUCGGCCAAUUAUUUCCUUAUCUAUGGUUCCCUUGACGGGCUACCUUACAUUAAAGGAGGGCCAGUCAAUUUCACAAAGGGUUCUUAGCCUCCGUGGUGUUAACUUCAUUCCAUAAUCACCAUAAAAACCUUUCUUAAAGUUCUUCAACAUAUAUUCUAAUGGAGUUGGCUUUGACACUUUUCCUCCCAUUUCCUCCCUCACGGCACACUUUCACUCUCACUUUCACUCUUGGAUUCACCAGACCGGGUCCUAUUACUGGAGGUUAGGAUGCUGCUUAGCCAGGUCACAGUCAACUACUGCUGUGAAGCUAUGAAGCUAAUCCUCUCAGCCUUACGCAGUGACCUAGUCACUGUGGCUAGUCCCACACUCAGCUCGGAGGACACAGUCUGGACUAAGAGAUCUGCACCUCCCCACAUCACUCCCUGUGUUGGCCUCUCCCAAGACUAUCUCUUUUACACACUUUCACACACCUCCCCUGCCCCAGGACUCCUUAUCAGAUGAAACGAGCCUCUCUCAUGUCCCAGGUAAGCCUAGUUAGGCUCCCACAUUCACACACAUACACACACCACUCCUAACCUACGACUCCUCAUUGGAUGAAACGAGCCUCUCUUGUGUCCCAGGUAGGUGCACACAAACCCACACACUCCCAGUUGGGGUGGCAAGCCACUCUUGUCACCCUGCCAGCAAGCCCUACCUUGCUGCACUUGCUGCUCUAUCGUCCCAUUUUCUCCGUUCUUCCAGUUCAUGUUAGUGGGGACAUGAGGUUCAUCCAAAUUGGCAAGCCACUCCUACCACCCCCAGCUCCUCUGUUGGAUAAGUGGUUGUUCCCUGGGAGGUGAUCAAGCUCCCUUCCGUCCUUAUGAGAUGGACUUUCCUAGGGCCCAACCUUACUGCAGUUCAGUAGUCUGCCUGCGCGCUGCUCCUGUGACUGUCCUGCAACUCCCGGGUUGGUUCCAUUUGCACUGUCAGGGGAAGGCUCCAAGACAUGGGAGAGUCGUUGUCCUUCUGGGCUAAGUCUUACCCAGUGGUGCCAAGGGUCCCACAACUCCCAUGUCCUGGGGCCCUAGCCCACAAGCAGAGGAGACAGAAACCUGCCGUCUCCAAUCCCGGACAGGCCCCCAGAAAUGUGGCGGGACAAUCAAAGAUGGGAGAGACUGAACAGAGUGAGUUCAGGAAAGGUCUUUAUUAAAAGGUGAUCACCUGGCUCAGUAGGAGUAGCAUCCAGGGAAGUUUGAGCCCCGUACAAAGAAAGCAGCCACCUUUUAAGCAGUCAGUGGCCACGAGCUACGUGAUGCAGAAAGUGUACUCACAGAAGCAAGAACAAAGGCAGUUAGUUGAUCAGUCUUUUACAUUUAUACUGCAUGUUCCACAUCCCUGAGAAACACGUUUCUGUAUUAACCUUGUAACUUUGCAGUUGUGCUAGGGAGGUGAAGCAGGAACUGGCUGAGCCCCAAGGAAUGUGAAACUAGCAAGUACAGAUAAGGCUAGCUGAGCACAGAAGGAAAAACAGGCUGUUAGUAGUCUUCUCUAACUUAGACUAUGGGGGAGCUACCCUACACUUAGCUUUUGAAGGGAAAAGUAAAAAUUUUUGGUUGUCUCUGAUUAUACUUGUACAAUUCAUGAAUUCCUUCUACAAUGUCAGCAAAAGAAAAAAAAAUCAGUUAAAACAGUUGUGGGUACCUACAUAGCUUGAGGGUUAAAAAAUGAAAGCUUCCCCAGAACUAGAUCACUUGGCUUCUUCUGGAUUGGGGGUGGGGAUAAUGUAGGCAGCCAAUCAGAAUGAAAGCAGGUUGGCAAGAAACCAAUGGGAAGUAGGCAUGGAAAUGGAUUUUGGUGUGGCAUCAGUUGGUAGUACUGUCCCUAGCAAACAGAAACAUAACUGUGCAUUGUAUUUUGGGAUUUUGAGAGCCUUCAUCUCAAUUUCAACUUUGAAGCAGCUUAAUCUUUAAGGAACAUAUCUCUGAUCUGGGUAAUUUGUAGAAGAACUUAAUUUGAGGGUCAUUACACAUGAGGACAGCAGGAGUUGAAGAUGCCAAGGACCUGAAGGGCUAUUUGAGGGACAGGUGAAGUGAUUUGAAGAUGUAGUAUUUUGAAUCUCUUUCUGGCCCAUCCUCUGCUUCACACCAGAAUCAUUGUGACCUGUAGACCAAACCAGUACAAAACAAAGGACCAAAGAUAAGCCUUAAAUAUUAUUGGAGAUACUUGAGGAACCUCUAGGAUUUUUAGGUUAAGGCUAGCUGCAAGGAAAAAUAAAACAGAACAAAUCUUUCUCAGGACCACCUCAUAGAUUCGCAUUGGUUACAUCCUAUACAGAGCACCAACUGAGGUGGGAUACUGGGACUGAAAUCUAGCCUGGUAGUCACAUGCCUUGUUGUCAGGCUUCAUUGCUCUGAGGAAGGGGGACUUUUUCUAAUUCACUCGAAGGCAUCAUAUGAUCAAACCUCAACUUUGGUCUUUUCCUUUAUUUUUAGGUUUAUUCACCCUUAUCCUCACUCCCGACCUUAACUGGUGUGACUCAACUUUGACUUUGUUUCCCAUUUGCCAUCUUUUAUUUGAAGGGUGCUGAGAGAGGAAAGAGAUAUUAGGGCGGGAGUGGUAAAAUGGAAUUCGAGAAUGAUUUAUACCCACAGAGAAGGGGGAGCAUAACAUUUAUCCUUGCUCCUUUCCCCUCAAAUAGUUCAGCCCAUCAAAUAUUUUUGGACAGCCUAUCUCGUGCUACAUACUACGUGCACAGCCCUAAGGAAAGUUCGGGCCCUGGCCUUUGAGAAACUCACUGUCCAAUGGGGAAAGAAAGCACAUUACUAUAUCAUUACAAUGGUAAGUGCACCAGUCAAUGCACCCCCUCUCUCAUAUACAUGUAACAGUACAGGGAGUCAACACUAACAUUGCUGUUAGUGUUCCUAUAAAAUGUUCUUGGAGCAAAAGGUAGGGCAAGAGGUAUUAAUGUGUGCCCCGUGACAAGAAGAGGCAUGUUCAGAUCUGAGUGUGGCACAAUCUUAGGUAGAAAGGGUAUGGAUUAACUGGGUCUUGGUAGGUCUUAUGUUCUUUUUGCAUGCUAUACAGGUCAGUGUGCAGAAGUGAAAGUGUCCAUAAUAACCAAACCACUCCAUCAAGUUAGGUCUGGGGAAAAGCAGCAGCAAAAAUGAGUUCUUACUUCUGGGCACAAAACAAAAGUGACAGACCUGAUUUACUCUGCGGGCAGCCAGCUGACUACCUUAUUGAAGAAGAACAUUUCACAACGCUUGUAUGUUUCAUUGUUGUUUUGGGAGGGCUUUUGAAGAUGUGUUUAAAGAAUUCCGAAGUCAUUGUUUUGACGAUUCUUUCUCUGUCGGGAUUCGUGAUAGGACAGAUGGCCUACAGUUCUGUUGAGGUGCACCAAAUUGUCUACCCUCUUCUAAAAACAUCAAGUUUUUCACUUUAUUCUUACUUUUCACCUUUAAUUAUAUUUAUGGUUGCUUUGGAUGUAGACUUUUAUAUACUCAAGAAUAUGUUUUGGCAGGUCUUGUUAACUGGAUUAAUUAGCUUUUCUACAGCAAGCAUCAUACUUGGAUAUGUGGUUAUAAAAUUCAAUAAAGCUUCAUGGGAUUUGCAAUCUUGCCUACUCUUUAGCAUCACCCUUGGCAUUACAGAUCCUCUUCGUUCUGUGAAUUCACUAAAAACUAUUGGCAUUUCUAAAAUAUACAUUGAUCUCAUUAGAGGAGAAUCAUUGAUCAUUUGUAGCAUCACAUCAGUUUUUCUUGGAAAUUUUCGGGGCAGUGGAAUCCACUUUUCUAUUUUUAGAGAUUUACAUGUAGGCAUUGGACUCAUCUUGGACAUUUUGGGAAGCAUAAUAUUUGGAUAUUGGUGUGCAAAAAUCAUUCGGUGUAUAUUGGCUGAUGUUUUUAGCAAUAUGCUGACUAAUAUAAUUCUCUGCUUUUCAAUGGUGUACAUGACUUUCUAUAUUGUGGAACUUUUAGGAAUGUCAGGCACUCUUGCCUUAGUCGCUGUAGGACUGAAUUUAGAUUCUUUAACCUUUAAACCGAAGAUAGAAUUCGUGAUUACUAAGUUCUUAAGAAUUUUUUCAUGUGUAUAUGAACAUUUAAUAUACACUUUCUUUGGCAUUGUGAUUGGAUGUGGAGAACUCGACCAUUAUGAACUUUACACUAUAACUUUCAUAGUCAUUUUAUUUACAACAGUGAAUUUGGUAAGGUUGCUUACUAUUUUGUUAGUGAGCCCUAUUUUGAUGCAUUCAAAUUAUGAAUAUAAUUGGCGAUGGGGAGUUGUAAUCACGUGGUCUGGAAUUAAAGGAGUUUUUAAUUUACUCUUGGCUCCUGAUAUUUAUAAUCUUGCUGAACAAAAAGUAGAAGUACCACAAAUGUCUAUACUCUAUGUGCAAGUAGUAUCAUUAUUGACAAUGGGAAUAAAUUCAUACGUGAUGACUCAGUCAGCCAGGAAGUUAGAUUUGUGUGUUCUUUCCCUCCCAAGACAAAUGGCCUUGCAAAAUGCUACUCAGCACAUACAGGAGAUAGUACAGAACACAAUAAGUUUAUCUAAAGCAGAAAAAAUUUUGACAAAUGUUAAUUGGACCUUAGUAGAAGAUAAAACGAGGAUCGAAUACAUUCCUUCUUCCCACGUUUCACAUAAGGAUAUGAAGAAGGAAUCCACAACAGAUGAAGCUUUAAUAGAAGAAGCCAGAUUGCGUGUAGCUACAAUACAAAUGAGUAGCUUUGAAAAACAGCGUAACAAUGGAAUUCUUGAAAUAGAGGCAGCCCGGAUAUUAAUUGGUGCGGCAAAAUGCUAUUACUCCACCCAAGGAAAAUUCAUGAGUAUUGAUGAUGUUUCAACUUACAUGAGAACUAGAAGUUGGCUUAUGAAGUUUAAAACUGUUUUAACUUUCUUGGACUAUCGUAAAGAAAAGAUACAUUUUAUUCCACCUGAGAGUAAUGCAUUUCUGACUUUUAUAUUUCACAUAGUAUUUUCUGAAGAAUUUGAAUAUACAGGACAGAUUAUAAAUUUGAUAUAUAUUUAUCCUAUGAUAAUACAUCUGUGGCCAAUGGCAAGAGAUUUACAUGUGUCAGCACUGAUAUCAAUAAACUACUAUUUUAUGUUUUUAUAUGUAUUAGAAUCAACAUUGAAGAUAAUAAUUUUGAAAAGAAAAUAUUUUCGACAAUAUUGGAAUGCUUUGGAAUUUUUUAUCCUGGUUGUUGGAAUCAUUGAUAUCUUUUGUGUAUACUUUGUGAAAUUGAGACCACAUAACUUGGCUCUUAUUCAGCUUACAGUAAUAAUGGGAUAUUUAAGAAUAAUUAGAUUUCUUCCUCUCUUCAAGAUAAUAGUACCAAUACUGAUAAAUAUUGCAGAUGUGCACAUCAAAAAGUACCUCAGCUUGAUGUAUAGUAUUACAAAAGGCUAUAUCAAAAGUCAAGAAGAUGCCAAACUUCUAAUAAAACAAAUAUCUGUCCAUGAAUCAAUAUAUCAGAAACUAUAUGAAAUUUUGGAAACCAACAAACAGGAUGCUGUCAAAGAAUUAGGACUCAUAGAGCAUGAAGGUCGUGAUGUUGUCAUUGCUUUGAAGACUAAACAGGCAAUCCGGAAUGUGAUUGCUAAAGCUCUAAAAAAUCUCACCUUCCUUUGUUCAAGAGGCAUUAUUGAUAAGCAUGACAGCACUGAGAUAAAUAAGAUACUUCUUAAAAAAUUAAAAGCACUAAAGAACUUUCCAAAGGCAAUCCCACCCCCAACUCCUGACAAAUACCUUCACAACAUCAUUUGGCUGGAAGGUAACGAUGUUCUCAUUGACUUCUUCAAGGAAAGAGCCAAACUUGCCUGUUUUGACUACGGAGAUAUCAUUUGUAAAGCAGGUGAAAUGCCACAAGGAAUCUUCUUAAUUAUUUCAGGAAUGGCAAUUUUGCAUAGUUUAUCUCCUACCUUUGGAAUAGAGAGUAGUCAAAGGCCUGAGAGAAAGUCCAGUGACAUGUUUACAGAGUUCUGUACUGCUGGGGACAUAAUUGGAGAGCUAAACUGUCUGCUUAAGUGUGAAAUUGAAUAUACUGUCAUCUGUGAAACUAGUUUACAGGCCUGCUUUAUCUCCCUGGAGGAUUUAUAUGAAGGCUUUGAUGCCUUCUGGCCAUCUCUGGAAUAUAAAAUAUGGCUAAAGCUUGCUCUCAGUACUGCCUACCAGUAUUUUGAAUCAAGUCUUAUUGACGAGGACUUAAGGUUUCAGAAGUGUGUGAUGUUCAAUCAAGCAUAUGUGGAAACUUUAUCAAGCUAUAAUGAAAUGAGUAUUGAUAAUAUGACCAUGAAAUUUGUUAUCAUUGUGUAUGGCAGUGUAAUUGAUAUUAAGACAGAGGAACCAUAUUUUGCACCUUGCAUUAUACCUACAACCUGUGAGCAGGUUCAGGGAACUUCUGAUUUAAGCAAGCUGCUAAUAGUCCAAGCAUCAGAGCUUACCCAAAGGAAUAGUAACACCAAUGUCAUGGCUUCUGCGUCGACACUGGUCUUUGAACAACAGGGAGAGAAUAUGACUGGAAGACAAGAGAUGAGGUAAUAAACUUGACACUUCGAUUAUAUUUUUUUCUUACUGCAAAUAUUGAACUAUACAGCUAAAACAAAUUGAGGUAAAAUAGCAAAAUGUAGGUGGUGAGAAAAGACACUCCUAGCUACAACUUAUUAAUUGGGACAAAUUAGAAUAAAGCCCAUCUGAAUUACUUAAAAAUUAAAAUUACAGAGUAUUUUUGAAAGAUGUAAUUUUGCCCCACCCCAUUUUUCCCCCCUCACUGAUAUUUAGGUCAAAGAAUAGGGAUCUAUGGAAUUUGCGGUGAGGAGGGACAUAUAUCAUGCACACGUGUAGACACCAGAGUCUAAAUCUCCAUGCUUCUGCCUUUGGAGUGUGGAUUCCUGGAUGUAUAGAUUGCUACGCUUGCAAUUUGUGGGGUCACAGGCUGAUCAUAGACAUCUUCCUAGAGUACCAAUUUUACUUGAGCAUCUUUUAAAGAAAAAGGUUCACUCAUUUAACUGGUGGGUUACUUAAAACAUUUUAUAUUAAAAAACAUAUUAUCGAGUAGGAUGACAAAUUUGCAUGAAUUUUUAAGAUAAAACAAGAGACUUCAAAACAUUUUGUUAUGGAGAGUCAUGUAGAUUUUUGCCCCCACAUCUUUUCCUUCUUUCUUCAGUGAC